AUGAUGAUCAUCCUAGGCCCGAGGUAUUCCUAUCAAUUCUACGGAGCCGACUUUCGAUUCAACGUCUCCUCUCAGCAAGUCAUCGGCGCUCGUGUCGGUCCGCGCAACGGAGACACAGAUCUACCAUUCCCGUUUCGAGCGACCGAGUACACGGUCGAGGUGUGGGUCAAGCCCUACUUCGCCACCCACUACAACUACGACGGCAUCGUCACCACCCUGUGGAACACUGGGAGCUUCCAAUCGGGUUACGGAUUCUACUAUGAUGCGUGCGGCGUGAAUUGGUGGGUCGCCUCCCCAUCCAGCUCCCAGGCUCCCAACCAGAUGCGAUUCUGGCUGCCGCGCAACAAGUGGUCGUAUCUGGUGGGCACCCUGAACGCGACCUACAUGCACAAGGUCUUCCUCAACGGCAAGCUCGUCAUGCAGAAGCAACGAAACAAUCCCACGGUGUACUCACCGCAAAACCUUCUCUAUUUCGGUCGUUACUUGGACGAUGACCAAGAUUUCGGCUUCAAUGGAGAAUUGGACGGGAUUCGCAUCUGGAAUCGCGCCUGGACGGACGCUGAGGUCGCUACAAACUACGACCUGCCGGUCUCCUACGCUGAAGGGACGCCGAACCUGUUGGGCGCGUGGGACUUCGAGGCCGGGUCGGGCCUCUCCAUCGCCGAUCGAUCGGGCAACGGGUGGGGCGCCACGAUCUUCGGACCCACGGGUCUCGGCGAUCAACGGCCGCCGACCACGCUGCCCUCUGUACAAAACAACCAGGCCUCGUCCGCCUAUUGGAUCCCCCAAAAUUGCAGCCCCUCCACCGAUGCGUGUAACUGGUGCGUGCCUUCGAAGAUCGAUUUGUCAAGCGCGCCGGCCACCUCGACGGUCGACUACACCUUUCGACGCACCUCCUUCAGCUGGGCCGACCCCAUCCUCAACGGACACUCCUCCACCCAGACGAACAGCGUGGCCAUCCAAAUUGGGUUCAACUUUACCUACUUCGGCACCGCCUACGACAAGGUGAACGUCGACAAGAACGGUGUGCUGCUGUUCUACGCGCAGGACCAGCUGUGCGACUCGGAUCCGCUCACGUCGCCCGGCAUGCCCCACCCCAACGGCAUCUCCGUGCUGUGGGCGCAGAACAUCAACGUCAACAACCCCGUCAAGCUCUACUACACCACCUCCGGCGAGGCCGGCAAUCGACGCUUCGUCAUCACCUGGUACCACACACACGACAUGACACACACGACACGGCACGACACACGGUGUGUUUGUCUGACAGCACACGUGUGUGCACACGCAGGUACCAGGUGA